CUAGCUAUCAUACACAAUAUGCCUACCCCUAGACUAGCGUUCGCAAAGGCCACAAUGUGUGAUUAUAAAUUGGUGUGGCUAUACAAUUCUGACGCCGGGAGGUUAAGCGAAAGAUUUACCGAGUGCGAGGUCUUCGAUUUUAGGACAAACACUUGGAGAUACUUGGAUUGCACGCCAACCUACCGGAUAUUUGACGACCAGUCACCAGUGUCCACGAACGGAUCAGUUUAUUGGCUCACAGAACGAUACAAUGGCGAGACAAAAGUUAUAGUUUUUGAUCUUCAAACUGAAAAUUUUCGAUUGCUUCCCAAUAAUCCAGUUUCUCGUUCACAUCCAGACCAUAUAGACCUGUGCAUUUUGGAUAAUCAUCUCUGCAUGUCGAAGAGAAAGCGCCGUACAAUGAUCCAAGAGAUUUGGAGCUUGCAAAUAUCAUCAUCAAAAGAGACAUGGAUAAAGAUUUACACUAUAGAUCUUCGAUCUUGUUCUUCAUCAUGGUCUGUAUCUGGAAGGGUUUAUUCUAAGUGGACCCGAAAGCAUGUGAUUCGGCCAUGCACACCGGUGGCGAUAUUGAAGAACAAGGAGAUCCUACUCACACAUCGUUAUGGUGAAGGUCUGGUGAAGUAUGAUCCACAAACAAAUUCUUACUCUCUAAUGUACAAUCAUCUUUUUCAUAGAGCUGUUCCUUAUUUCAAGAGUUUAAUAUCUCAUAGCUAAA